AUGAGCCCGCCUUCUGCUAUGGACAUUGAGAUUAAGGCGGUCACCGAUACCAGCGCGGUGGCCGUACCUGACCCUUUGACCAUCAAUGGUAUCCCUGCGUGGCGCGAGAAAGUGGCUAAGAUGCCGACAGGUGUUGCACCGGAGUGCAGCAGUGACAUGUGGAAGAGCCCGGCUUGUUACACCAAGCCCAAGGCAAAGCGCUUUGAGCACUUCCUGUCUCAAGAGGCCAAGUCUCGCAAGGCCUCGACCUUGAAAAGUGCUGCUGGAUACUUGAAGAACCCAGGUAUUAUCUCUCUUGGUGGCGGUCUGCCCUCUGCCGAAUAUUUCCCAAUUGAGCACUUGGAGAUGAAGGUCCCUACAGCACCGGGCUUCACUCCUGAAGAGACUCAAACGUCCGGAAGCAUUUUACAUGCUGGAAAGCACGACAUUAAAGAGGGCAAGAGUCUACCUGGAAAUUUCUCUGAACUAUGGUCAAGCUACUGGAUCCCCCCCAACUUCUCCGCUUCAUCACUGAGCACACCGAGCACCUACGCUUGGGAUACCGCAUUGCGUCUGUUUACCGAGCGGGGUGACUAUAUUAUGAUGGAAGAGUACACAUUUGCUAGUGCUGCUGAGACUGCUUUCCCUCUGGGCCUGAAGGCUCUUGCCAUCCCAAUUGAUGCCGAGGGUAUUGUUCCUGAGGGCAUGGAUGAGCUUCUCAGCAACUGGGAUGUCCAGGCCCGUGGUGCUCGCAAGCCUCACGUUCUCUACACUAUCCCUACAGGCCAGAACCCCACCGGAGCUACCCAGUCCGCUGAGCGCCGCCGGGAGGUGUACAAGGUUGCCCAGAAGCACGAUGUCUACAUUGUUGAAGAUGAGCCAUACUACUUCCUGCAGAUGCAGCCCUACGCUGGCGAGGGAGCUGCUGUUCCUCCUCCUCCUGCCACCCACGAUGAUUUCAUCAAGUCUCUUGUUCCCUCUUACCUGAGCUUGGACGUUGAUGGUCGUGUGUGUCGCUUGGAGUCCUUCUCCAAGGUUGUGUCCCCCGGUUCUCGUGUUGGUUGGAUUGUUGCGUCCGAGCAGAUCAUUGAGCGCUUCGUGCGCAACUUCGAGGUCUCCUCGCAGCACCCUAGCGGUAUCUCCCAGAUUGCUCUUUACAAGUUGUUGGAUGAGCACUGGGGUCACACUGGAUACCUCGACUGGCUUAUCUCCAUCCGCAUGUCCUACACUAACCGUCGUGACGCGCUUCUUCACGCUUGCGAGAAGCAUCUUCCCCGUGAUAUUGCUCACUGGGUUGCCCCUGCAGCGGGCAUGUUCCACUGGAUUGAGGUUGAUUGGCGCAAGCACCCCGGUGUUGCCGCCGGCAAGACCCUUGAACAAAUCGAGGAGGAGAUUUUCCAGUCUGCAAUUGAGCAGAAUGUUCUCCUGUCCCGCGGAAGUUGGUUCAAGGCCGACAAGUCGGCUACCAUGGAGAAGAUGUUCUUCCGCGCCACAUAUGCGUCUGCUUCAUUUGAUCGUAUCGAUGAUGCGAUUGCCCGUUUCGCUGCUUCUCUGCGUGAGCAGUUUCGUCUGUGA